CGCUGUUUCCGCUAACAUAAUUCCUUGCAGAGCUUCUCAUAAAAGCGUCGGCUCCCAUUUAAAGACGAGGUCAGCUCUCUACCUAAUGCUGAACGUUUAGCUGGGUUGCCUUCAUGUCUUUUUUUUUUCUUUUUUUUUAAAGAAUAUUUUUGCUCCAGCUCAGUCUCCAACCCUUUUGACUCCCCACUUGUUUAAAGCUUUUCCUCCGUAUUGCCUUUUCUUUUCUUGAUUGUAUAAAGCAUAAACAAAUCUAUGAAUCUGUCCCUUCUCUUCUCUGGGGUUGUCACCGAGUAGAAACCAGCUAGCGCCUCGCAGUUUUCCGGUGCUCUCUCUCUCUCUCUCUUUCUCUCUCUGCGCAGUCUUUUGGGUUCCCUCUUAAAGUCUUGUUUGGUGUUUUGGGACUCUUAAACGUUCCCACCGUGUUCGGCCGAUUUGCCAUUCAAAGCUGGGCUUGUGCGUUUCUCUCUCUCGCUCUCUCUGUUGGUGCUCUUUCCGCUAUAAAGGUGCCAUCUUUAACGCUUCCUGCUGAGUUCUGUCAAUUGGGUUUGGAUCUUGAUCGUCUCCCUGAUUGGGAUCGGUUGCUCCUUUUCUCCCUUUUUUUUUAUUGUUUACAAAUCUCAUCUCUUCGAGAUAAGAUCUUGAAGUUGCCAUCUUUGUACUGUUUUUCGGUUAGUUCUUGAUCGUGAGUGCUUGCCCGUUGUGAUUCAAACCCUGUACUUGCCCUGUCGUUCGCUUCUUCCUGUAUGAGAAAUCAAGAUUUGAGCUUUGCCUAGCGCAAAUAUAGCUUGAUUUGCUGAGCUUCUUAGCUUAAAGAUCAUAGAUGAAGCGCAAUAGAAGCUUGGAAUUGUUUUUGUGGGCUUUGUCAAUCUUGUGUUUGGCUCGGUCUUCAGAUGGGUAUUCUCCUCCAGAUAAUUACCUCAUAGAUUGUGGAUCCUCAACCAAUACCACUGUAGGUAACCGCGUUUUUCUCGCCGAUAGCUUGGCCUCAAAGUUCGUUUCCACCCCGCAAAAUGUUCUGGCCAGUGCAUCGAACUCUGUUAGUUCUUCUGAUGUUUCCCAGCUCUAUCAAACCGCGAGAGUCUUUACUGGUUCCACCAAAUACACAUUUCCCAUCAGCCAGAGUGGUAGGCACUGGAUUCGGCUCUAUUUCUCUCCUUUUGAUUACCAAUCUUACAACAUGAGCACUGCUAUAUUUGCUGUUUCAGCCCAAAACUUUGGUCUUCUCAGUAAUUUUAGUGCCAGUGGCAGCGUCAUGAAAGAGUUUUCCCUGAACGUAACGUCGAGUAACCUUGUUGUCACCAUUACCCCCUCCGAUAAGUCAUUUGCAUUUCUGAAUGCAAUUGAAGUUGUCUCCAUGCCCGACACUUUAAUUCAGGAUGGCUAUAUUCUUCCUGCUUGGAAGUUUCAAGGUCUCCCAUCGCAGGCUCUUGAGACAAUCUGGAGAUUGAACAUGGGUGGAGCAAAAGUUUCUGCUAUGAAUGAUACUCUCUGGAGAAAUUGGGAUCCCGACUAUGGUUUUCUAGUCCUACCUAAUCUGGCAAAGAAUAUAUCCAAGAUUGGAGCAGUUAACUAUGUAUCAGGUGGGGCGACUGCGGAUACUGCUCCUGCUUCAGUCUAUGGCACUGCAACUGAGAUGAACUCGGGAAGUGAUCCUAAUAGCAAUUUCAAUGUCACCUGGGAGUUUGAUAUAGAUGUUGGAUCUAGACACCUUAUUCGCUUUCACUUCUGUGAUAUAGUGAGCUCGUCGCUUAACCAGCUCUACUUCAGUGUCUAUCUUGACUCAUCUACUGUUUAUAGUGACCUUGAUUUGAGUAUCCUCUCGAUCAAUGUUUUGGCUGUUCCCAAUUUCUUUGAUAUAGUUUCAGGGUUGUCAGUGAGCAACAAGAUUCGUGUAAGUGUUGGUCCAUACACGGCAAAUGGCGCUUACCCCAAUGCCAUUUUGAAUGGGUUAGAGAUCAUGAAAUUGAAUGGGGCAGCGGGAACUUCUGGUUCCAGCUCUGGCAAAAAUGUCAGUGUCAUAGUGGGUACAACUAUCGGGGCACUUAUUGCAGCACUUUUGGCUGGAGUUCUCUUUUUGUGGUGCCGAAGAAGGCGACAACGACUUGCAAAGCAGGGGCUUUCCAAGACAUGGAUUCCAUUUUCCACUAAUGGAGGCACUUCUCACACCAUGGGGAGUAAAUACUCUAAUGGAACAACCCUUAGCGUUGCUUCCAAUCUUGGGUAUCGCUUUCCCUUUGUGGCUGUUCAAGAGGCCACAAACAACUUUGAUGAGAGUUGGGUCAUUGGUAUUGGUGGUUUUGGAAAAGUGUACCGGGGAGAUUUGAAUGACGGAACAAGAGUAGCUGUUAAGAGGGGUAAUCCUCGGUCCCAACAGGGACUUGCAGAAUUCCAAACCGAAAUUGAGAUGCUUUCACAGUUUCGCCACCGCCAUCUGGUUUCUUUGAUUGGGUAUUGUGAUGAAAAGAGUGAGAUGAUUUUGAUUUAUGAAUACAUGGAGAACGGCACGCUGAAGAGCCAUCUUUAUGGCUCUAGCGUUCCUAGCCUGAGCUGGAAGCAGAGGCUUGAGAUAUGCAUUGGUUCUGCUAGAGGGCUCCACUACCUCCACACUGGCUAUGCAAAGGCGGUCAUCCAUCGCGAUGUGAAGUCUGCAAAUAUUUUGCUUGAUGAGAACCUCAUGGCAAAAGUUGCUGAUUUUGGGCUUUCCAAGACAGGGCCGGAAAUUGAUCAGACCCAUGUGAGUACAGCAGUGAAAGGAAGUUUUGGAUACCUUGAUCCGGAAUACUUCAGAAGGCAACAACUUACUGAAAAAUCUGAUGUGUAUUCAUUUGGGGUGGUCUUACUCGAAGUCCUCUGUGCAAGACCUGUUAUUGAUCCAUCACUCCCUAGGGAAAAGGUGAACUUGGCGGAAUGGGCAAUGAAGUGGCAAAAGAAAGGGCAAUUGGAUCAGAUCAUAGACCCUACUCUUGUUGGUAAAAUCAGACCCGAUUCUCUUCGGAAGUUUGGGGAAACGGCUGAGAAAUGCUUGGCUGACUAUGGCGUUGAUCGGCCUUCAAUGGGAGAUGUGCUGUGGAAUCUGGAAUAUGCCCUUCAACUUCAAGAGGCGGUUGUGCAAGGAGACCCUGAAGAAAACAGUACUAACGUGAUUGGUGAGCUAUCUCCUCAAGUCCACAAUUUCAGCAAUGCCGAUCCGAUGAUUUCCACCGCGCAGUUUGAAGUAUCUAGUGUGGACGACCUCUCGAUGAGUAAAGUGUUCUCACAGCUUGUGAACUCCGAGGGUAGAUGAGCAUUCAUCUUGCUGACCUCUUGUUCUGAUUCUUUCUCCAACCAACCAUGAUAAGGUGGGAUUCACUUUUAGUUUCAUCGAGAAGUUUGGUGUGCUAGUGCUGCUAAUGGACCAUUCGGGUGUGCGCGGUGCAACUUUGGUUGAGUCAGGGGACCAGGAGAAGAGGAGGAACGCACCUAGUUUCAUGUGUCAUUGAUGUCUCACUUGAUGGAGUUUGCUUAUGGACAGACCUGACUUUGAACAGGAGGAAUACCAGUUUGUGUUUUAGGUAACUGAUAGUGAAGAAUCUGAUUACUGAUAAAAGCUGUUGAAUCUGAAUCGUUUUCUUGUAAUGUUUACUUGUUCCUUUCUGUGUUCACUCUUCACAGGAAUGUUUAUAAGUUCAUUUAUUUCACCUUUCUUUGAAUCGAUUGGCUGGGUUUGAAUUGUGAAUCCGCCCUUUUAUCGUCC